UUCCUCACCAUCAAGCCCUUUUAGGCUCAGGCUUAUCCAAUGUAGCUUGUGAUAUAACAUUGUCCUCAGUUAGUAAUCCUUGUGUGGUGUAACAUGAAUAAGAUUGUCAAUGUUUGGCUUUUUUUCUCUUGAUCAUCAGAUGUGAUAGUGCUUGAUUUUUUGGCACAUCAGUUUUUAUUUUACUACAGUUGUCGACUAGAUCUUUAUCAUAAAAAAUAUGCCUUGGCCCAAAACUAAAUUGAAUUCUUGAAAUUAAUUUUUGUCUCGUCUGCAUAGCAGAGUGAGACUAUAGCUAGGUGCAGCUUUUCUGUUGCGGUGGCGGUUUCGUCAAUUGUCAACACCAAAUCUUAACCGAAGGUUAAUUUUUUAAAUGUCAUGAGUUAGAAAGUAUAUGGGCCUAGUUCAUGAAACUUGGACAUAAGAGUAAUCAAGUAUUACUGAACACCCUGCCUGAAUUUUAGGUGACAUGACGACGGUCAAAGGUUAUUUAGGGUCAAUGAACUUUGGCCAUGUGGGAGGUAUUUGUUGAUUUCCCUCAUAACUUUGAAAGUUUAUGGAUCUGGUUCAUCAAACUUGGACACAAUAAGAGUAAUCAAGUUUCAAUGAACAUCCUUUGUUAGUUUCAGGUCACAUGACCAAUAUCAAAGGUCAUUUAGGGUUAAUGAACUUAGAUUAUGUUGGGGGAAUUUUCAUGAAUUGCCAUCAUAACUUUGAAAGUUUAUAGGUCUAGUUUAUGAAACUUAAUCAGAUAAUGUGUUUCAAUGCUUAUUUUUUUCAGUAUGUAUUCAUUCAUAUUAAUCCUGUAUAUUGUUUAUUGUCUUGUAAUUCUUUUUAUUUGUAAUUCAUGUUCAUUUCAGUUUGUACUGCAAGACAUGAUGUUUUUCAUAAAAUCCAUUUAUCUUGAUUCUUGUUUACAGGAGAUUGCACAUUCAAGAUGAGCCAUCCAGCCAAAAAGCGUGUACUGCAGAAGUAUAGAAAAGAAUAUUCAGAGAAAUUUCCUGUACUUACUACUUCAAAACUCGGAGAACAUUUUACGUACUGCACAUUGUGUUCAGUGGACGUGAACGUUGGCCACGGGGGAAUCAGUGAUAUACAACGACAUAUAGACUCAAAAAAGCAUAGAACUAAUGCAGAGGCUACUAAAGGAAAGCCACUUACAUCAUAUUUCACAACAACUUCAGAUGUAAGCGUUAUUAAUGCGGAGGUUUCGUUUACUGAGUUCAUCAUUGAACAUAGUAUUCCACUUAGUGUGGCAGACCACUGUGGAAAACUAUUUAAGAAGAUGUUCCCGGAUUCUCAGAUUGCUCAAAAGUAUGCAUGUGGCCGAACGAAGACCAGUUACAUUGUUGAUACUCUCGGGAAAGACAGCCAGAAAAGAAUUCUGAAUAGCAUCAGGGAGUCGCCGUUCAGCAUGGCCACUGAUGGUAGUACCGAUUAUGAAGAUGUUAAGUUAUACCCAGUGUGUGUGAGAUACUUUGAUCCCAAAGAAGGACAAGUCAUGUCUGUACUUCUGUCACUCACGGAGUGUGCCAAGCCAUCAACUGGAGAAAAUAUCUUCCUGCUUCUUCAAAAUGAAAUGGACAAGUUCGAAAUUCCCUGGAAAAACCUUGUGUGUUUUUCUGCUGAUAAUGCAUCGGUGAUGCUUGGAAAGGUGAAAGGAGUUUCUGCGUUCCUACAGAAAAAAACACCAUCCUUGUAUGUUGCAGGCUGCCCUUGUCACCUGAUGCACAUUGCUGCAGAGAGAGCAUCAAAACAUCUUCCAGUCAAGAUUGAUGAUCUACUCAUAGACAUUUUCUAUCAUCUGGAAAAAAGUAGUAAGAGGAAGCAGUCAUUUAAAGCCCAUCAGGAGAAGACAGGUGCCCCUCCUCAUAAGAUACUGAAACAUGUCAGCACUCGUUGGCUGUCUCUUGGACAUUGCAUUGCAAGAUUACUUGAACAAUGGGAUGCAUUACUAUCAUUCUUCACAGAAGAAGUUGCCAAAGAGAAAACUACAAACAAAAAGCAUGUUGAACAGGGCUCAUCAUUGUCAAAGCCUGCCUCCCUGACACCAAUGAGUGAUACUACUGCUGUCAAACAGAAGUCGGCUGUACUGCCUUGCACCAAGCGACCAAUGACUGAAGGUGGAAAUCCUGCAAAAAACAAGAAACAGAAGUCUUUGUCUUGCCUGCCUGGCUCUAAGAAACCAGUAACUUCAUCUGCCAAGCCCAGCAAGAAAAAAGACAUUGCAACUUCACAGUGCCAAGAUACAUCAAGUUCUCAGAAAGCUACAAACAAGGAGCAUGCUGAACUGGGCUUUUCAUUGUCAAAGGCGCCUCCCUGACACCAAUGAGUGAUACUA